UACACAAACACGGGUAGUGCUGUGAGGUGCCGAGGAUAGAGCGAUGAAGUUCACAGCGGGAAGCAGCGGGUUGGUGCUGGGGUUGGUAGGCUGCUCUCAGGCCUUCGUAACUCCCCCCGUCACAGGUCUUGGCGGAAGGGUUUCCGCAGGGCGUUCGGCGGCGUCUGCGUCCGGGCCUCGCAUGAUGUUGCCGAUGGCGCCCUUCGCGGGGGCCGCCGUGGCCCACCUGAUCGGAUCGAACCCGAUCAACCCGGAGCACCUGGUCUCUGCCAAGUCGCAGCCCACCCACCUCGUGGCCUACAAGGAAACGCGGGAGGGGCUGUACGGUCCCUACGAGGUGGAGGUGCAGGAGCGGGCACCGGAGACGGACUUCGGAAUCAGCACGUUUAAGAAGAAGGAGGAGACGGAGGAGGGGCGAGACAAGUAUACUUCGGUUCUGGCGGUGCUGCUGGCCGGCUCUUUCGUGAUCCCAAUGGUGCAGUACUGGUGGUACAUCCGCGAUGACGACCGUGAAAUCCGCUAGGCCAAGGGAAGGAGCACCGGGUGGCACGUGGCGCCAUCGGGUAAAAAAACUCGAAUACAAAAUAAUAACCAUAAUAAUGUGUCGUCUUGUCUCAGUAGGAGCCUGGUACAGAGCACGGCAGUAGUAGCGGCCGUCUACUUCCGUUUGGGCUCAGGCCGGGUGUGAUCUUGUUGUUGGAGAAAUCAAACAGGAUCAAGGAGACGGAGAUGGAGAAUGACGAGAGAUACGGAGCGUGGGGAUGGAAACAAGAUAUCGCCCCGUUCUCUCCAUGCACGUGGGGUGGGCGUAGCGGGUACAUAAUACAGCAGAGUAGCGGGCGACAUUGCAGUGUCGCUUGCUUCGUAAUAGAGUCCAUAGAUAACCCCCUUUGUGCACCCCGGUGUGGCCGCAUGCGCUCGAAACCGCCGGAAGUGUUCGUGAACUGGUUGGAAGUAUUUUAGGGGGAGGCUCCCGCUCGCCGUGAUUCGGGGGAAGGGUGGUAGCGAGAGCUGCCGAGACGGCGGAUAGUUCGCGCGUUCCUGUUGUUUUCCUUUUUUUGUUUUUUCUAAAGAACGUGGGGUGGGGGUGUCGUAGAGAUCCCCGCACACGGAACGAUCCAUCGUCUUGUAGAGGCAGCGCAUCGACGCGAUCGAGAGAAAGGCAAACACCCACCAAGACCCGAAAUGUGCAUGCUCAGUCUGGAUGUCAUGUGUGUGGGCGGGACUUUUUUCGUGGAUCGUGAUUAAAUCUUGAUGAAAGAGG